AUGUUUGGCCGCGAGGUGCGGCUGCGCGAGGGCAUGAAGCGGCUGCUCGCCACGCUGUGGUGGCACACGGGCGCCUCGCCGCCGGCGAGCACUGGGCUGACGGCGCAUGACGUCAUCGUGGGCCUCGAAAGCGGCACCCUAGACAUUGGCGCCCUGCUGCGCACCCUCACUACUCCCUCCAUCGGCGCCGCCGGCGCCGCGGCCUCGGCAGCCGCAGCUGCCACCAGCUCGCCCCCGCUGGCUACGGCCGGCUCGGGUGGCGACGGCGGCGGCGCUGCGCCGAGCAGCAGCGCCAGCACCCUCCUGGCCAUGCAGCUCGCAGCAUCGCAGCAUCAGCAGCGGCAGCAGCAGCAGCCGCCGCCGCAGCAGCUGGACCACUCACAGCAGCUGCAGCAGCCGCACCCCCAGCAGCAGCAGCACGCCCAGCGGGGCGAGGGCGGCUGCCCUGUGCCUGCAGAUGUGGUGCUGCUUUCUCCACCACUGAUGCCUGAGGGCAGCCUGCAGCAGCAGGUGGCACCUACAAACGCCGCCGCUUCAGGACAGCCGGCAGAUGGCAGCGCCGAGGCCGCUGGGGCCGCUGGGGCGGCUGCGCCGGCUUCUCGCGCGGUGCCCGUGAGCGCGGGCCAGCUGUCGGCGAUGCAGGCGGCGCUGAGCGGGGGCUCAUGGUCUUGGGGGCCCAACACGGCCGGGCCCACGAGCGACCAUGUGUUUGCAGGGUCCUGCGGGAGGGCAGGCCCGGGGUUAGCCCUACCUGGGGGGCCUGCUGCGUGGGGCUCACAGGCGCACGGCUCUGCGGCGGACGGCGCAGGCAGCGGCGCGUCCGCCGGGGCUGCCGAGUGA